AUGCCUCGCAAUCUUCCAACGCUUCGAACCUCCCCACUGUCUUCUGACGACGAGUCUCUCAUCACGCCACAAUCCACUCGAUCCUUCCGCCUCCCGUCACGGCGUAGCAAGUAUGGGCCUCUCGACGUUCCGGUAGACGUCGUACAAUGGGACGACGAGAUGACUGUCGUCGCAUCCUCGGAUGAGGAGGAAGACUCCGGAAUGUGGGAGUUCCUCGGGGCCAAACGGCAGCAAGGCGAGGGUCAGAGUCCAAGUUCCCAAGCAGGCGUGGGGUGUGAGAUCGGGUGCUACGAGUCGAAGCGGUCACCUUCGAAAGCUCAGUUCUUUUCCGAGUUUGAGAUCUUGACACACCCGAACAUCGCACCCCAUCCUCAUCUGUUAAUCAGAAGAGACUACCUCCAUCGAACUGGUUUCCCUCUUCCGUCUAAAGGGGACGAUGGUGUGAUACAUGUCAAGGAAUUCUUCCACCCCAACGUCGAUUUCGUUGCUGCUGCUGCAUUUUACACACAACUGAAGAAUCUCUGCAUUCCGAAAGAAUCUACAUAUCCCCUUCCCGAUCAACCCGAGCUUUUUAGAGAAUGUGCUGCUAUGGUGUUCAUGGAAGAUCUUACCAGGUUCACUAGCAGUGGGGAGCCUAUCUUCGAAUUCCUCGGCAACUUUUAUAUUCGUAAAUUGGACUUUGUAGACAAAGAUGGUACUGUAUUCUACUUCGAAUUUGUGAGGGACCCUAGUAGUAGGUGGGAGUAG